AUGGCUGAUGCGACGGGCUAUCAGACCCCGCUUCUUCAUCCAGAACUGAACGAGGGCAAGAACGAGGGCGAGGUCACGGACAAAGGCAAGGAUGAGGGCGAGGCCACAGACAAGGGCAAUAAUGAGGGCGAGGCCACGGACAAGGGCAAGGAUGAGGGCGAGGCCACGGACAAAGGCAAGGAUGAGGGCGAUGUCGCGGACAAAGGCAAGGAUGAGGGCGAUGAUGAGGGCGAUGUCGCGGACAAGGGCAAUGAUGAGGGCGAGGCCACAGACAAGGGCAAUAAUGAGGGCGAUGUCGCGGACAAGGGCAAGGAUGAGGGCGAGGCCACGGACAAGGGCAAGGAUGAGGGCGAGGCCACAGACAAGGGCAAGGAUGAGGGCGAUGCCCCGGACAAGGGCAAGGAUGAGGGCGAUGUCGCGGACAAGGGCAAGGAUGAGGGCGAGGACGACGGUGUGGCGAUAGAAGGAAUAGAAGAAAAGGCGCUGGCGGAUGCUGAUGCUGAUGCCGAUGCCGAUGGAGAUGGGAAUGUAAAUGCCGAGAAACUAGGAGUUGGCAACGGCAAUGAACUGGGAGUAGGCAAUGGUGUUGCUACGUUUGCCGACGAAGAUCCAGUCAACAGAUCUGAAGCGCGCAACUUCGUACGCCCUUUCCUCAGCACGGAGGGUACCCCGUCGCCAUUGUAG